AGUUCAGUUCACAAGCCUAAACUCUCACCAAGAUUUUUCUUUCUCUCUCUUCACCUUCCACACCUCUCUUGUCCUCUCUUCAUCUUCUACCUCUUUCUUCCACCAUUUCUUUUUCCUUGAAUUCUAAACUAAAAAUGGCACCUUUUUUAAACACUGACCCACUCAAAAAAGCAGCCACUGCUGCCACAACAGAGGACGAGGCGUAUCUUUGUAGAUUCCUUGCUAAUGCAGUCUCCGACGGCAGCCCUCAUGCCUGGAAGUUGUUCUACACCGGCGAGGCAAGUCAAAGACUCAGCAAGGAAGCGUGGGAAGCACUGCAAACGGUCAUGAAGGACGCUGAGAACAUGUUCCCCGCUCCUGCCUGUAGAGCUCCUAAACCCCGCCUUGCAAAAAGAAGCUCUGCCAUCAAAAAACCAGUUAUGGGUAAGAGCAAAGCAAGAGUGUUUGAAAAGCCACCGCAAAUUUCACCGGAUGCAAUUGCAGACCGAAAAUUACCAUGGGCAGGCCUACGCAUUGGGAGUGGUGCACUGGAGGAUUCAAGCAAAGCUCAUGAUAUGUACAUUGAAGGUAUUGACGGGCGAUUCCAACUUGCAACGGUGUGUAAAAAGGAACGUCGGUACACUGCCUUCAAUUACCAUGCCUAUUAUGAUGCCAUAAUGAACACACCUCUUAUGCCUCCGAUGUCUGAUCAAGCUUAGCUUGAAGACUAGCUACACCUGCUUUUGAAGAAAGAAGAAUGCGGAGUAUUGCUUUUGCCCACACACAUGCUCCUACAACUCCAAAAUUGCCAGCUCUUAUGCCUAUUUUGAAAACUAUGUUAUCAUGCAAAUUUGUAUAAAAUUAGGUGGUGUAUGCACUUUUUUGGACAAGCUCAACUAACAGAGCAAUCUAAUGUAGGAAGGAAACAAAUUUACAAGCAUUAA